AUGAUCGAAGCAUACUCUGAUCAUUUUCCGAAUGAUACGCCUUUCAAGCCAAUGGAAAUUCAUUCGAGGGAGAAUUGGAACAGAGGCUUGAUUACAUUACGGGCGUUCUGGCAACAACACAAGGACGGUAAAGUCAGGCAGAGGAAUGCCAGAUCGACACCGGCAGCUAAGCCGCUCUGGUUGAAUGAUGAGGCAUUGAAGACGAAUGAGAUCAUGGAACUUGAUGAUCUGAGUGGCGGGGAUGAUGAUGAUCCGUACGAAGAGCGACAAGAGCAAAACAUUGCAGAGAUGGAAGCGCUUCAUCGAUCAUUGAACACCAGUGGAGACAUCGCAAAAGAGAACGUCACCAGGUGCAAGGAUCCCAAAAAGCAGACCCGGAAGGAAACUCCGCCGGAAGAGAUGAAGGAGUGGAUAAAGGAACUCAGAGAAAAACAUGAUAAAUAUAAAGUUGUCUCGGAGCCAGUCAAGGGUCCAUCCACAUCAGAUCCUGAGGCGAAUCAUUUGAUAACCAAUGCCAUUAAUGGUGGUGAAUAUCCCGAUGAGCUCGACGAGCAGGUCGGAAAGUUUGCACCGGAGGAUUGGAAGAGCACUUUAGGAAUUUUUCAAUGGCGUAGAUGUCCACCAUUUGCUGGAAAUCCACUAUUGAAUGGACCUGAAACUGAAUGUGCGGAUAAAUACAUGCCUGAGUUGGAGAAGUUGGCACUUGGACUCUCCCCCGAGGAAGUGCUGGCAUUGAAGAAUGCUCCCGAUUCUGAUACCGAUGAUGAUGUCAUGCCAGCAUUGGUGUCUGAUAGCGAGGACAAUGUCAUGCCAGCCUUGGAGGAUGAGAAUGGCAACAUUGCUGGAGGUUCUGGCGAGAAGGAGAAUGAUGGAGGAAAAUGA